AUGGUCAUUUAUGUCAUCAUGUUCAAUGCCAUUCGACAUCGAAUUUAUAAUGAUUCUCAACCACAACAACAACAACAAGAAACAAACAAACCUUCUUCGAACAGUGUUCCUAGUAGUGGUGGUGGCGAUAGGAUAUCACAUCAACAAUCAAGAGAUUUACUUGAACAUGUCGUCUCUCAACUCAAAUCACAAAAUAAUCAAUUACGACAACAAGUACUCACUUUACAAGAAGAAUUAAAAGCUCGACGACGAGGAGAUAGAAAAGUCAUGGAUGAUGAUCAUUCUACCAUUCAUCAAAACAAUGACCACCGUACAAGUAAGAAUGAUGAAAAUACUUUAACAACACCUCAUCAUCAUCCAUCAAUCACAUACAAUGAAUUUGAAUAUUGGAAUCGAAAUUAUUACAUUCGAUCAGAUCCUCAUCGAAAUGCUUGUUCCAAUGAUAUUGGAUUUGGACUUGUGGAGCGAUGGAGAAAUGCAGAACAAAUAAUUUGUAAACCUUUGAAAACUACGACUUUGAGUACGACUUCGAGUCCAAAAACUACAACUACUUUGAGAACUACAACUCCUCUUCCAAGUCAAGUCUUGAUGUAUCGAAUUCAACAAACAAGACAUGUUGCUGAAGAUAACUUUAUUCGAGUAUUGAAUAUGAUUGUACCAUUAAAUUCAUUCUCUGGAAAUGGAUUUUCGAAUGGAUGGUAUGCGAAUUGUGAAAAGGAUCAUUCACGUUGGGUCGAUCAUGAUCGAAGAUUAUUUCAAUUACAUUUAGAUCCUUGGAUGAGAUCAUUUCGUGGAGCAUUACCUGAUUCUAAAACGUGUGAUCAAGUCAUUCAAAAAAGACUUGUUCUUGUUCAACGUGAUGGUGAAUAUAAUUUAUUUCAUUCCAUGACUGAUUUUGUGAAUAUUUUUAUGAAUUAUUUAAUGAUCAUGGGAAGAAGUGUUGAAGAAGGACGACUUGGAUGGAAAGGUCAAUGGAGUGGUGGUGGUGGUGGUGGUGAUGGUAAUCUUGUAGUAGUGAAUAGUCAUAUUGUUCUCUUGGAUCAUUAUCAAAGAGGAUAUUAUUAUAGUCUUUUACAAGCAUUGGGUGAACGAGUAUUUACUCAUAGUGAAUACAAGAAGUAUUUACAAGAUGAAUACUCUCAUUUGAACAUGGAUAGUCAUGUGUGCUUUGAAGAAGUAUUAAUGAUUACUCCAGGAGGAUCAUGUUUUUUAAUGAAAGAUGCAUGGAGACCCAAUCAAUGUCGUGACUCGGAUAUUCUCAAAGCCUUCUCUUACUACAUGACAAGAAAAGUAUUAGGACAAGACAAACAUUUGGUUCGUCGUAGAGGUCAUCCCAAUACAGAUCCCAUUAAAAUUGUAUUCAGUACUCGAAAAGUGAAAGAAACAUCCUCUACCAUUUAUAGAAGAAUUAUGAAUGAAGAAGAAUUGAAACAAGCACUUGAAAAUGAUCCUGUAUUACAAAAGAAACACAAUGUAGAGAUCAAAUUCAUUGAUUUUGGUCAAGUAGGUCCCAUCGAAGAACAAAUUAGAAUUAUUCAUCAACAAACAGAUAUUUUGAUUGGUGGUCAUGGUGCAGGAUUAACUCACAGUUUAUGGCUUCCAGAAGAGGCUGUCCUUGUUGAAUUGUUUCCAUCAGGUUUUCAUAGCUCAUUCUUUAGAAAUUUAGCGAAAUGGAGAGGAAUUCAAUAUUUGGCCAUGCAAAACGAUCGUCCAGAAAAUGUCAUAGACUCACAAAAACAUUGGACAAGGAUUGAUCCAACAGAAUUUGUUGAAUUGAUUCGUGCUGCAGUUCAGAUUGUGGAACAUCAUCAUUUGGGAACUGGAAUUCAUGCAGUUGCUUUUGAUGGCACCAAUGAACAUCAUCAUUUAUAA